AUGGGCUCGCACGCAGCAGUGAGGUCAAAAAGCAACAAGCGAGAAGGGGACUUGCAGGCUUUCAAUGAUUUUGUAACCCGCAUUUUUGAAAAAUUCGAGCCAUAUAUACCAAUUCAAAGUCGAGGAUGGAAACUGAUAACAUCCACCCUUGUAGAUGAAAUCGCAGCUCUAAAUUCGAAGCUAGACUCUAUCAUUGGUCUGAAUGAAGUCAACAAAAUUUCUGAAGAAGUUCUAGACCAAAGCUUUCAGAUUAAUGAAUGUUUAUUGGUUUACUUUUCAAACGUACUCAAGGAGAGCUCACAAAAUCUUCGAAAUCUUACUGAUGAGGAAAUGAUUUUUGCAAGGGAAGCAACAGUAUCUUUUUCCUUGAUCUGCAAGGUUAUUUACGGGAAUUUAAUAUCGAAAUCCUUGUGUACAGACGAAAGAAUUGAACGAAUGACUUUGCUUGUUUGUGAAAUCUUGAAUAAGUACUUGUCUAUGAAGGUUGACCCACAAACUUUGAGUUCCAGUUUCAGAACAAAUUUUGCAGCCUCCACUGUGCAAGAGAGCGACAAGAAUGGUAACGAACGUGAGAAAGGGGUAGUAAACCCAAGAAUACGUCAAAAUUUAAUACCUUGCCACAUUCUUCCUGAUCUAGUUGCAAAUUCUGCAAAGAUGGUGCAUCAUUUGUCUUUGUUAAUUCUAACUAUCAAAAUCUCGGAGCCUUUUAUGCUGCGCUUAAUUAAAGUUUCUUUUUCUGUCCUCGUAUCAAGAGAUGCAGAAUUAUUAAAAGCAAAUGUUGUUCAAAUGGUUGCACAUAUAUUUAAUAGAUAUCCAAACUUACGCUCCAAUGUUGUUGAUAAAAUUAUUGAAAUUAUUGAAAUUGAGAUUUGUGGACAGGACUCUUAUUCUAGAUUGUAUUGCAUUCCAGAAGACUCGACAAGAAAAAUUAGUGUGAUUACUGCUGCAUUGCUGAGUUGUUUACAAAGUUGUGUAGAAUAUUAUGACAUUGCCUGUGAUAUUGCAAACAAAGUUGAAGAUAAAGGAAUUGCCCAUGCUUUCCAUUGGUCAAAUAUUUUCUGGUCGGAACUGUUAGUGAAAGUUUCCCAACUUCAGGAAAGAGAUUCACGAAAGUUUAUUCCGAAAUUAGUUGGAGAUUUAUUGUUAUGCUUGAAUCUCCCAGAGUGGCCUGCUUCUUCUUUAACGCUUUUGAACAUGUGUGCACUGUUAGUUGGAAAGUUUGGUUUACAGCAUAAAGAUCCAAAAUUUCGCGAAAGGGCCCUUGACAUAUUAAGUCAAGUAUGUGCAAGACUUAGAAGUGAGUCUUUGAGCUGUGGAAAGUAUGAAAAAUCGUUUUUAUAUGAAGAUAAUUCAAGUAUUUCUGAUGUACUUAUCCAAGCUAGUAGUGACAUCAGAUCUACCUCUUUUUCUGGGGAAAAGCUUUCCAAAAUACAAUCAAUUUGCAUUGAAGGAUUUUUAAUGCGGUACCUCCUGAAUAAUAUUAAGCAGCGCACUAGUAUGGAGGUAAGUGAAGGCAGUGAUCACGUUGUGUGUGAUAACGUAAGAUAUCGCUUACACAACGCUUUAAUCUUUCAAAUAUGUCAAAUGACAAAUGAAAUCAAAAGGCAUCCGAAACAUGACUUAUCUGAGAUGAGUGGGGAUUUUUAUUGGGAUCUAUAUGAUAAAAUAAAGGUCAAUAUUUCAGGCAUGAAAGGCGCUGUAGGGAAGGACAGAGAUUUGUCGAGAAAUUCUAUUAUGGUAUUGAAUCGUCAACUGCAAAUUUAUCGACCCCUUGCACGGCAAAAUGAUGUUCUGCUCCACAGAAUAAUUGGUAUGCUUGACGAUGUAUCAAUAACAGUACGCACAACUGGAAUUCGUUCACUCUCAAGAAUUGUAUCUAUAGAUCCAAAUAUGCUUAUAAAUCCACGGAUCCACCAAAUUUUAUCCAAAAGAAUAACAGAUCCGGCAACAUUAGUGCGAUGCUCAGUAAUUGAGCUAAUUGGGCAAUUCAUUUGUUCAAAUCGUGAAGUCCGGCUCCAGUAUUGGUCGAAAGUUCUUGAUCGAAUUAAUGAUAUUGGGGUAAGUGUACGAAAACGUGUUAUUAUGAUCAUGCAAGAAAUUGCACAAGAUGCUGACAAUGAUUCAGUUAUUUAUUUCAAUUAUAGACUAGCACUCCGUAUUAUGGAUACAGAUUUCAGCGUGCAGCUCCUAGUGAUUCAAUACUUCAGAAAAAAAUGGUUUCAUGCAACAGCAGUGACUAGGAGAAAAGAUGUGUGGCUUAUCUUUGUGAAGUUGAUGUGGUAUAUGCACCCCAAUUUUUUUCGAAAGCUUAAUUCGAAACUUCCGAGCCUUUUAGAUUACCCAUUGUUGCUCUUAUUACAAAGAAUACUACGACCUACAGAAGAAGAAGUUCAAACAGAUGCAGUAGACCUGGAAUUGCUUAAGAAAAAUGGAUAUAGAAUGAUAACUUACAUUUUUGAAGGCCUGGUGAACUCAACUGAAUUUGAACAACAAUCCGAAUCAAAUCGCAUAUCCAGGUCUGAUAUUCAAACAGAAAACUUGAUGCAAACGGCGAAGAAAACUCUAACACCGGAAAUGUUUGCAUUUUCACUCAAUACAAUUGCAUUGAUUGAGCCAAGUUUUCUUGUUCCCGAAAAUGAUCCCUUAUAUUUCUUAAUUGGAUUAGAACCGUACUUACACAGGGGUAAUGGUACAACAAAAAGCAACUCUGCCUUUACGCAAUCAGUGCUAAGCAUAAUUAACGAAAUUGUUUGCUAUAACUGCAGAAUAAGUAUGAGUUUGUGUCAAAAAGUUGUUGAUAAUGUUUGCCUUUUGAUUCUAUAUUCAAAGAACUCUGGGAUAGUCGACUUUGCAACGAAGUGCUUGAGUUCUUUUGCAUCUUUUUCUGUAGAUAGCCGAGAAAAACUGAAGAGAUUGACUAAGAGGCUUCUGCUGAUACUUGGUAGAGAAAGUAACUUGGAUGAAGAAAGAAAAUUGAAAUCCAGAGCCAUUUUCGUACUUGGAAAAAUUUUGAGGUAUAACUCGGAAGAAUUUCUAGACUCAAAACAAUCUCCUCUCUUUAGUGUUGAGAUAUCUGAAGCUGAACCUACUCUAGUGGCCACUUUGUUAGAACUUUUUCGAAGGUAUAUUUUUAUUGAAGAUGAGAGCACUAGUAUGAAUAAAAAUGCACUUGAAGCAUGUGGAUCUUUGCUACUGUGUGCUCAAGCAUCUAUUUAUAAUACACCGGAAUGUUUGUUAAAAUUAGAUGAAAUUAUGCAUAGAACUUUGAGCGCUGCAAGUAGUUGUAGUGAAUUAAAAAUACAAGCUGUGAAAGUUUUGGAAGAUGUUCUUUGUACGGAAGAUUCCAAUUUUUCAUCCAUCUUCACGAAAAGGAACCAGAGUAUAUUGAGCUCCUCUGUUGGACACAAACAAAGAAACUUGCCUGCAAGAAGUCAAGUUGAAAAUGGUGAAAUGGACCACAGCAAUGCCGUUUAUAUUCAGAGAUAUUGGAAGGAAAUUCUUCUACUUUGUGCAGAUCACGAUCCGCAAGUUCGUAUGAAGACUAUCUGUCUCGUUGAAAUCAUUUUGAGAAAGGGUUUAGUCCAUCCCCUCAGUGCUUUUAGUGCUCUUCUUGAAUUAAAUUUUGAUCAAAGCAAAAAAAUUCGGAAGUUCUCACUGAGAAUAUUAAAAGCUCAAUACGAAAAACACACUGACUUUUUUUAUCAGCAGCUGUCUGAAGCUAUUGAGCAGCUCUUCCAAUUUAUUGCAUUGAAACAAUGUGAAAGUGAGCAAAAUAAUGAAAGAAGAAGUAGUAUAAAGCCAGAAUUCUUCGAGGAAUUUCACUUCGAAUGCUUUAAAAAUAUUUUAGGUGUAAUGACUGGAAAUCGAGGUGGAUCCAUGAAGGUACUUGAAGUAGUUGUCAAACUAAUAAAGAAAAAGGUUUCCGAAGCUACAAAUCUACAAUGCAUCAAAUUUUUAUCUUAUUUGAUUUCCUACAUGACAUUUACUUCCUAUGAGGAACCUAUCUAUGCUAUUUAUCAGCUCCAUAGGGUGAUUGUUUUACAUGCUGUAGAACUUACCAGAAAAAUUGAAAAAGAACAUAGUGAACCCAGACUUUCAUUCUCAGAACGGUCCUUGAACACAAAUUCAGUCAUAGAGGUCCAAAAAGAGGCGAUAAAUUUAUCGCUUUGCCUCCAUGUCAUUCUUCAAUUAAAGCAGUAUUUACAGGCAAAGUUCAAAAUUAGCGAAGAGCAGCAUCUUUCCUACACUCAGGCUGAAAAACAAAAAAAAAAUGGACAGCUCCGACGCCGUUAA